UUCAUUCAUAGACAUCAGUCGCAUAUUUUUGAUUAUGUAGGGGGAUAUGAGAAAAUGAAAACAUCGGAUCAAUUCACUUCCAUCCGUCGCGCUUUCAACAUCGCGAAUUUUGCGUGGUAUACCUAGCACCUAAAACGAGUGUUGUCUAGAGCUAGAGUGUUCGUCGCGAGUUUUGGUGGGUUUCCUUUGCUUCGAAAAAUUGGUGCAAUCAUCGUCGAGAUAUCGUCGCGGAAAUUGUGAAUAGGCAUUGAUUUUGCUGGAGGUUUCUGGGAGUAUCGAUGACCUGUAAGUGCGGGAAUGCACUUAGAUGAUGGAGCGAUUUGAAAUAUGAUAAGAAUCAAGUGUUAUUGAGAGCCACUUGAGUAAUUUCAGUGGAAUUCAGCUUUAUUUAGUUUGGGAAUAAUUCAAGCAAAUGGCAAUAUAGAAAGUGGAGUGACAGUCUCUAUAAUAUAUGGGAGGCUAAUUAAUUCGUGAAAUUAUGUUUAUGUUAUGAAGGAUGAUGACGAGCCUUUAGUGAGUAAAAAGUUCCAUAUAGGGUGUGUUUCAGUAUUCGUCUACAGUUCUAGUCAGUGGUCUUCAAAGUUCCAGCUGUUCUUUCGGUAGAUUGGCUAUAGAUCAUAAAAAGAUCAUUGGCAGUGCGUGGCGCAGCAAAAGAUCGCCAAGCCCCCAAGGAGUAACAACCAUCAUAAGCCGUAUUUAUAGCUACAUCUAGUGCAUAAGUGAAAAAGUGCUCUUGUUUUUGAAUUUCCUCGCCUCGAUUUUAUGGAGGAGAAAGUGUGAUCGGGGUUCGACGGGAAACACACGAUGUCGCGGCGUAUCAAUUUGAUCGGAGUGUGUGCCAUCAGCGGGUUGUGCAUCUUGCUGCUCUUUGCGAGCCACCGGUUUACGUCGUCCAAUAGCUACACCACCGAGUACUUCAAGCCUCGGGAGCGCAACGCCAAUCUGCGACUGCUGAAUGCACACAAAUUCUACGGCGCGAAGACAUUCAGUGGGAGUUCAACGUACGACACCUAUCCGCCUAUCCCAACGCCUCAGAACUCCACCGUCACCAUCGAAGAUGUGCUAAAUUAUCAACGUUCGCGGAUAGCGGACGAAAUGGCCGAGUUUGAGUAUCCAAACGGCCUUUACAACAGCGAUGCUUCCAAACUAUCGGACCUAACGCCGGAAACGGGGGGUCAACCGAUGCGCAGCAUAAUCAUAACCACGUGGCGAUCGGGGUCGACCUUCCUAGGCGACAUCCUAAACGCCAUGCCCGGUAACUACUACCACUACGAACCGCUGCUCGAUUUCGACAUCGUUCAGAUUCGGGGCCCUCCGAACGAUCGGAUCGCCAUCCACAAUCUGAAGCAUCUGCUCAAGUGCGAUUACACCGAGAUGGAGAGCUAUUUGGACUUUGGUCGGACGCACAACUAUCUGUUCAGUCAUAAUACUCGCCUGUGGCGACACUGUCGGUUGUUUCCGCACUUUUGCUACGAACCAAAGUUCCUGGGGCCUUUCUGCAAGUUGUUCCCGCUGCAGAGCAUGAAGGUGGUGCGCCUGAGGGCGUCGCUGGUCCAACCGCUGCUGGAGGAUGAAAGCCUUAAUGUGCGCGUCAUCCUGCUGAUUCGCGAUCCAAGGGGGUCCCUGCAGUCCCGUAAGCAUCGGGUGUGGUGUCCCGGUCAGCCCGACUGUGACCACCCGCCCACCGUGUGCAAUGAUAUGCAGCUCGACUACGAGGCGGCCAUCGAGCUGACGAAGCUUUUUCCCACGAGGUUUAGAGUUAUCCGUUACGAGGAUCUCUCGCUGAACCCCUACAAGAUGACCAAAGAAAUCCUAAAGUUCUACGGGCUGCCCUUCGAUCCGGCCGUGGAAUCCUUCCUGGACACGCACACCAAGCUGGACAUUGGCGGUGUGAGUUCCACCUUCCGGGAUUCCAAAUCGGCACCGUUCCACUGGACGAAGGACCUCACGUUCGAGGAGGUGAAGGUGAUCCAGGACAGCUGUGUGACCGCGAUGAAGUCGUGGGGCUACCGCAACGCCACCAGUGAGCAGGAUCUGCUAAACUUCAACCCCCUGUUGCCGUACAGUGUGUCGUGAGGAGAGUUCCCCGAGGGAAGGUUGUUAGACUGAGGCACGGUGGUGGUCGGUUUCUACGGCACAGCGGUACAUUAGAAGACGAAUAUAGUCUAUCGUCGUGUGAUCAUCAUCAUCAUCAUCUUCAUCAUCGAUUUAGUAUGACGGCGGUGGUGAGCCGUACACACACAUAUAAUGGUGAUUCUAGUGAAAUGGGUAAUGUACUUGUCCGUUUUGAACGGCGGCACCGGGGCUCCGAGCUGCUCCGGAUACCGGAAAAAUAUGAGCACGAACAUUUUUAGCGUUUAAUAAGAACAAGAGCAUCUGUGAUGAAACUAGGUAAAACAAAAGAUAAAUAUCGAAUAAUUUAUGUGAGCACUAAUUAAUCUACUGGCUGAACAAAACUUUAUAUUACAUACUAUAAGCUACGAUUAGGUACUACUGUGUACGUGUGUUGGCUAAACGGUCCACUAGUGUGGCACAAUUGUAAAACAGAAAAGUGCAUUUGCGUCCAAAUGAACAGAACUUGCUUCCUAGUUUGGUAAUCAUCUCAAAGUAUUGGAAAAACUAUAUGGUUGCAGACAGAUAGUAGCAAGUAUUUAAAUUUUUAUCUCUUGGCAAGGUGAAUGUUUCUAGGAACAUUAUCUUCCCCUACUGUUCUGGAAGAAUAGUGUGGAAUAGAACUUUCCACUAAAGAAUCACUUAAUAGAAGUUGAAGCGGAUAGUAAAACGCAUUAGAACACGGAUUCCCAACCAGUGGUCCGCG